AAUGGAUUGGCUCAGUUGAAUAAUGAACGGCUACAUUGCAAGUGUUUUGUUGGUGCUUCUUGGCCUAGGAGUGGGCAGUUUGCAGGCUGCCUCCGUGGCCAAACCCGUGUGUGGAGGAACAACAUCCUACAAGAACAUCAAUCUGGUGGUGCCCUCGAGUCCACCGCGUGAAUGUGAAUAUCAUAUCGGAGCCUAUAGCAAAUAUGUCUGCCAAUUGCGCAUCGAUUUUGCCAUGACUCUGGCCCAACCGACACUCGAAAAGGACGAAACGACUGGUCUGAGCUAUGCUGAAUGCACCUCGGAUUACUUUGAGGUCAAUGGAUUGCGUCUCUGCGGCGUGGAAACCUGGCAACACAUCUAUGUGCCCUUCAAUGCCACCGAUGGUGUCUCGACAGUUGAUCUCCUUUUGGUUUUGGCUAAUCGCGCUGGAGCCACGGGUUUGCCAACUCCCUCCUGGGACAUGACUGUCACCCAAUUGGAGUGUCCAGCAGGUGCUUCAGUGCGUUCUCUUGAUAUGGAGGAUCAGGCAGAGAUCACAAUAGAAUCGAGAGCUAGCACUAUCAAGGAUGGCUUCUUUGUGGCUCCUCCCGGCUGUCUGCAGUACUUCCCCCAAGCCAAGGGUGUGGUCAAGUCCUUUAACUACAAUGAUGGAGCUGGUAUCUAUCCCUCUCGCAUGAACUAUGCCAUCUGUUUCCGUCGCGUAGAGACUACCUCGCUAUUGACCAUUCGCUCGUAUUUCUUUAAUGUGGGUGCCGAGACAUCUGCUAGCAAUUUCCUUACCGACGAAUCCUGCUAUAGAAGCGGCAGCUCAAAUGAUCUGGAUGCUGAUUUCCUUAUGGUGCCACAGGCCACUCUCGUAGAUAGCAAUACACAUGCCACUUACUUCUGUGGCGCCACCGAUAAGGAUGUGGUCAUCAAGAGCAACAACCCGGGUCCUUUGUUGGUGCUUUUCAACAGUGAUGACAUCUAUAAGGAAUCCGAAGCUGGCUUUGCCUUCACCUAUACCGUGGCCUAAGUUAUUAACAAAAGGGGAAAUUUUGUUUUAUGGUCAAAGCUUUUGGACUUUGCAAAAUACUUUUCUUUGAUUUCGCAGAUAUAAUAUUAUAUUUUGAUAAAAAAAACAACAAACUGCUGCCCAA